AUGGAAUUUGUGGAUAUCGUUGGUGAGCUUCAAGCCAUCCCCGACGAUGUCCACUUACUUUGUCCUCGGCAACACGACGAUGAUCAUGCACGAUACGAUAGCCGUGCGGAACUCGAUGAGGCAGGCAAAGAGCUAGUUGAGGAGGCUGCCACUCGCAGACAGAAAUUUCUUUCGUGUUUGCGAAUAUUAGCCUACAAUCAAGAUGGGGUGGAGGAGCUCCAAAGCUGGAUUGUGCGCAAGCUGGACGAUACCUUGGAGAAAUGUGAUCUCUGCAUCAAGGGGUAUUAUACGGGGAAGAUAUCGUUAAUGGAAUCGCUGAAAGAAAGCUAUGAUGACGAGGAUAUUGACAAGUUUGCCCGCAUGCUCGAUGAAUGGGAUAUCAAACGCAUCACUCGGAACUUGAAGGCUGCAACGACAAAGCUGAGGGAGAUUCCGCCGCAGGAUAUCGGACUACAUGUUCUCGAUAGGGCGUCACUGUUGUCCAUUUUCGAAACUUUGAGCUGCGAAGCGAUGCUGCGUAAUGACGACUUACUCCAGCAGUAUUUCGAAGAGCCGUUUACGCUCAUCCAGGUUAAACGCAGUCUGAAAGUGUCAGAUUACAUCCCCGCUGUGACACGAUUUUUAUUCAAUUCCCGAGAGUUUCGCAGUCGCUGGGCCAUUCAUUCUUGGAUACGGUAUACCCGCCCCCCCACCACGGAGGAGUUCGACUGGGCAAUCAAGGAGGCGCUACUAGAUACUCUUCGAGUAGCCUCCCAGCAGCCACCUCAUGUACCGGUUAUCCAGAGACUCUGGCGUGGCAUGCAGCUCAUUUUACAGAAAUUGGACAAAGACCAAAUAACCCAUAAUUUGCGGGCUCUAGAGAUUGACCCUUGUCGUCUUUCCGUGGAUCACUUGGCUAUACCGAGCUCUGGAUUGCGGUUCCUUUUGAAUUCUAUCCAGAUCUUUCUGGAGAAAGCUCCUGGCGAUUUCUGGGAUGCCAUGCAAACAAUCUCGCCUAAGGCUAUCAUUGAACAAGUCUUCUAUAACCAACAGCUUGAAACUUUCCUUAUGCAGACAACCGAUGGCCAGCCAUUUGAGAAGUCCCCUUUGAAAGACAUGUUGUCCUGGAUAGACCCCUUCAUGUCAUCAUUAAAGGGCGCUCACCGUCCAUCUGCCUGCAGAUUUCUGGCGUUUCAGCUCCUGAAUAGGCUUCAGGAUCAACGUUUUCCCAACUUAUCUAGGUAUCAUUGUUUUCACAUUGGCCUGGGUGUACUCAUUUUGACCCUUCGCGAUUUCACCGACAAUGAAUCCUCAAGAGGCUCAGUAGCACGUGUCAUCUUGUCUGAAACUCUGGAUGUCGUCACUGAGAAUAUUGAUAGGAUCCUGGAACCCCCGAGUUUUAUUAUUGAGCAGGGCCGGCAGAACGCUGUAAACUCGUUAUGCAUGGAUGUCGUCAGGAAUACGCUGGCCCUCGAGUGUCAGUCUUUGAAGAGUGAUUAUGAAGUCAUCCUCCGACAUGGAGCUCUUCAGCAUGGUGUUAGCACCUACUCUCCUCGCAUCUGGGACGCGGUUAUUAAACACCUGCAUGAGGAUAAUCUGGCCCUUUCGACCGCUGCGUUGUUGGGCAUCCUACCUCUUGUAGGCCUCGAGAAGUUUCCUACGAAAGGAGAAGAUAGCCGGGAGAAGACACAUUUCAACGUUAUAUACGGGCAUCUGAACCAUCUCUCCUGCCUGAUUAUCGAGCGCCUUGCGGAUUUCAAACAGGAGCAUCUUGAUAACUUGUUCAAGAGCCAAAACACUAGUAGUGCAUUGAUUUCUGCUCUUUUCGCCGCUGACCUAAACACCUAUCAAGCUGCUGUAGAUCUCAUCAAGAACGUCAGUGGUCAGUCCGCCAGGAGGGAUGCUAUAUCCCAUCUUUUGCAAUCUUUCUUUACCACCACACUCUUUGCGCUGAGCUGGUCCUUCCGACGGAUAUCCAACAUGAAAACUUUUGCACCUGCUCCGAGGAUGCUUCACACUGGUACGGAUAUCGUGGAUAUUCUCUGUAACAGCCAAAGUGGCAUGCUCCGGACCCGCAAAUUAGCCGACCGCAGAGAAAGUCAGUCUAUUCAAAAACUCUGGGAAUACCUAUGGCAGGCAUUGACGACAAUAUUCGAUGAGACUGAAUCUUGGAAUCUCCGAGGUAAUGACAAGAGCGUGAUGUUGGAGUUUUGUCGAGAUACGAUUCAGUUCGCAGACCUUCUUUUCGGCCAAUAUGGCGUUUUUCGAAGCGCGAUUGUCGAUGCGGAACCCAGCCAGGAGAAGAAUGCAGGUGAAGAUUUACUCAAGUCUCCUACCGCAACCAUGAGUGCCAUGGUUAAAUGGCUCAGACUCAAGGAUGAAUAUUUGGCGACCACCCUGGUUGGGCUUGUAGCAAAACUGCUUCGUCGACUAGGCGAACUGAACGUGACGACGGUGAAAGACGAUGCGUUGAAGUUCAUUGAGGGAGUUGCUGUCAAAUCCACCAUCAGAACCAUCCUGACACCACGAGAGAAGGCCGAGCUGGUCCGAGCCUUAGAAGCUUACUAUAAGAAACCCGUCAUCACUGCCUCGACCGCUGCAUUCAAGAAGCAGAGCACAAUUACGGCGUUUGCCAGAUCAGCCGAUGUUGCAAGUAUAUCUAGCCCAUCACGGGGCACAAGCGAAGAUGAGGUCCACGAAUCUGGUAUUCCAGAUGAUGUGAUGGAGCUUUCUCGGUCUGUCGAACUGAAUAAGGAGAGAAUCGCUGCCCUGUCCAAGAAAAAAGCGGAGAAAGUGCUGCCGAAGCUGCCUCCCGCUAUUCAAAAACCGUCACCGUCUCCAGCGCUGCUGAAACCAAACGCGAGCGUGCUGUCCUUCCGUGAGAAGCGUGAGAGAGAAAAGGAGGCCAAGAGGAAGCGUGAUCAGGCUGAAUUAGCACGAUUGAAGAAGAAUCUUCCUCUACAUGGAGUGGCUGAACAGACUGCCGAGCAAGGGUCAGGACUGAACGGAAUCGGAGUCAAAGGCAAGGACCAUUCUGCUCCAGCUGAGAGCAUGAUGGUUUCAUCUGGUUCGGAAUCUGAGUCGGAGGAGGAAGACGAACUCGACAAAGCACUGUUCGGCGGGAAAGUGUCGUCAAAGCCCGACGCAGUCAAAGCGUAUGAGGAAAGCAAAAGGUUAUCACUCAAGCAAGGCCCUGUCAAGAAAGUUAGACAAGUACGGUCCGCCAAAGACAUGCGGGCUCGGCUGGCUCCUGAUCUCUCGGCGUUGCAUCGCACGUUACUUAGCUGGGACUUCUUUAUGGAUGGCGACCUUCCUCCAAGUUCAGGAAAAACAGAUUAUACCCUGGUAUCUAAUACUUUCCGGGAUCCAAUCGAGUACCAGAAGACGUUUGAACCGUUGUUGAUCUUGGAAGCUUGGCAAGGCUUCCGGUCCUCAAAGGAAGAAAGUUCGUUCAAACCCUUCGAGGUUAAAGUUGCCACCCGGUUGUCCGUGGACUCUUUUGUUGAAGUUAGCACGGUCAUGCCGUUACUCGAUGUAAAGGACUAUGGCCUAGGUGAAGCAGACAUUGUUCUUCUCUCCAAGUCGAAAGCUACGACUUCGGAUUCAACUGUUCCUCACUGUCUCGCUAGAGUUUCUGGCAUUAACAAGAAAAGGGGCAGCGUUGAGGUUUCUUACCGAAUUAAUCCUGGCAGUCCACUUGUCAGCUCUCUGACUCCGGGUGCCACGAUUUGGGGAGCCAGAAUAACUUCUCUGACACCACUUGAACGAGAAUAUGGUGCUCUCAUGGCUUUGCAAUACUAUGACCUGUGUGAGGAAAUCAUCAAGGCUAAACCAUCACCAAUUCUCAACUAUUCCGAGGCGAGUCUCCGUGGGAUUGUUGAAAACUAUAAACUCAACAGUGCUCAGUCAAAGGCCAUCAAAUCGGCCCUCGACAACGAUGCUUUUACUUUGAUCCAGGGACCCCCAGGAUCCGGUAAAACGAAGACGAUCGUGGCACUUGUGGGGGCUCUUCUGAGUGGUAGUCUUGGGGAUCACGGCGUAGCGAUCUCGCGGCCCGUAACUACCAGUAGUUCUAAACCUGCUGUAAGGGCGACUGCCGCAAAAAAGAUGCUUGUUUGCGCCCCUAGCAAUGCUGCGGUCGAUGAAUUAGUUAUGAGAUUCAAAGAGGGUGUGAAAACCUUGCAGGGCCGCCAGGAGAAGCCAUCCGUUAUACGUCUUGGAAGAUCCGACGCCAUCAAUACUAAUGUACUUGACGUCACUUUGGAUGAGCUGGUCAAUGCGAGACUGACUGCAACCACACGCACGGAUUCGGGGGAAAGAGACCUGCAGAAAAUUUACAUGGAGCACAAAGCUGCUGAUACUGCAUUCAAGGAGAUCCGCUUCAAAAUCGACCAAUGCAGAGCGCAAGGGUUACCUGUUCCCAUCGAGCUACAACGGGAAUUCGAUCUUCUCAAGAAGAAAAAGAGCCAGCUGAGUCAAGAGAUUGAUAAUGCCAGAGAUAGGAACCAGGCCGCUGCCCGUGACGCUGAUUUAACGAGACGGCGCAUUCAACAGGAGAUUAUCGAUGGUGCGCAUAUUAUCUGUGCUACCCUCAGCGGUAGCGGUCAUGAGAUGUUUCAGAAUCUAAAUAUUGAGUUUGAGACUGUCAUUAUCGAUGAAGCGGCACAGUCGAUUGAACUGAGCGCUCUCAUUCCGCUGAAAUACGGGUGUUCCAAGUGUAUUCUUGUUGGAGAUCCGAAGCAGCUACCGCCGACUGUGCUAUCCAAGGUUGCAUCGCGUUUUCAGUAUGAACAAAGCUUGUUUGUUAGAAUGCAGACCAAUCACCCUAAGGAUGUGCACUUGUUGGACACUCAGUAUCGUAUGCACCCAGAAAUCAGCUGCUUCCCCAGUUCUGCAUUCUACGACGGCAAACUUCAGGAUGGACCAAACAUGGCACGCCUCCGGGUUCGUCCCUGGCAUCAAGGUGAACUCCUAGGGCCGUAUCGAUUUUUCGACGUGCAGGGACUCCAUCAAAGUGCUGCCAAGGGUCACUCUUUAGUCAAUAUAGCUGAAAUUAGGGUGGCUAUGCAGCUCUACGAACGUCUGACCACCGAUUUCCGUGAUUAUGAUUUUUCAGGGAAGAUUGGUAUCAUCACGCCGUACAAAGGUCAGUUGAGAGAAUUGAAGACCCAAUUUGCCGCCAGGUUUGGGAACUCCAUUUUUAGCAUUGUUGAUUUCAACACCACGGAUGCCUUCCAGGGAAGAGAGAGCGAGGUCAUAAUCUUCUCUUGCGUACGAGCUUCGAAUAAGGGAAUUGGUUUCCUGGCGGAUAUUCGUCGUAUGAACGUCGGUCUAACGCGUGCAAAGUCAUCUUUGUGGGUGCUUGGAAACUCCCAAUCGCUGGUUCAAGGGGAAUUUUGGAGAAAGCUGGUCAAUGACUCGCGUGAAAGGAAUAUGUAUACCGAAGGUGACGUUUUGGCGAUGCUCCAGCGGCCUCAGUUUAAUGGAUAUAAAGACGUUCAGAUGGUCGAUGUUGAUGAUCCUGCGCGGGAGCCGCCAUCGGUGUCCUCGCGGGCUCCAUCUGCCAGUUCUAUUUCUCGACCUUCAUCAGCACUAGAGAGCGGCGACUCGCCUUGGCCUAUGCCCAUGUCUGCAUCCGCCAGAGGAACCCCGCCAGCUCCAGUGCCUGAUGGUGCUUCCGGGGGUCCUUGGGGCCUAGAUGAGACCAAGAUGUGUGGAAUAUGUGGAAGCUCGGCGCAUAUGACGCGCAACUGUGACAAUACAGAUGCCCAAGAAGUAACCAGAGGGACUUGCAUCAGAUGCAGAAAACCUGGGCAUACACGGGCAUUCUGCACUGCCGACCGCUGCAUUGAAUGUGGCCAAAUUGGACACCUUGCUCGGAGUUGCACAUCAACCAAGUUGCUUUCAAAGCAGGAGAAGAGUAGGGUUGUGAGGGAAGAGAAUAAUCUCGCACAUAUUCAAAAGCAGAGAGCGGAGCGUCAGCGACAGAGGCAACUCGGAGGCCAUGAUCCCAAGGUUCCCGUUAUUCAAGUCGCAACAGAUCCCCCUGUGCCUAAUGCAAAGAAGCCCGACUUGUCCAGAACUGGGGGUAAGCAAAGUCCGAUCGAUGCGUCAAAUAACCGAAAACGCCGUGGCUCUCCUAUAUCUGCUGGUCCCAAGACGUCGCGGCAACGGACGUCUGAGCAAGGAGGGCCGCCAUUGAAUGUCCCCAAAGCUCCAAAAGGCGGUCGCCGUAACCUGGAUUCCAAUGUUCCAGGCUUUACAGAUCAGCUGGUCAAACCUUCACGGGACGGACCGGCGUAUAACACCAUCUCAAAUGGUAAUAAUAAACCUGGCAAUAACCUCCCAGCCAGCGCGCAGCCACCUCAUCAACCUGCUCCAGGCCCGAGACCUGUUAAUGGAGUGCGUCCUCCACCUCGCUUCCGCAAGAAGAAGGAGGUCGACCCGUUCAUCAGACCGAAACGGAGAUGA